UCCCGGGAGCUGUCCGGCCGCGUCGGUGCUGAUCCCGCCGCCGCCCUCGGGCCGCGAGCAGCCGCGCCGGAGCACUAUGAGCGGGGGCGUCUACGGUGGAGAUGAGGUGGGGGCGUUGGUCUUUGACAUCGGCUCCUUCUCGGUCCGCGCUGGCUAUGCUGGGGAAGAUUGUCCCAAGGCGGACUUCCCCACCACCGUGGGCCUGCUGGCUGCUGAGGAGGGAGGCGGGCUGGAGCUGGAGGGGGAAAAAGAGAAGAAAGGGAAGAUCUUCCACAUCGACACCAAUGCCCUGCACGUGCCCCGGGACGGGGCCGAGGUUAUGUCGCCCCUCAAGAAUGGCAUGAUCGAGGACUGGGAGUGCUUCCGGGCCAUCCUGGACCAUACAUACAGCAAACACGUCAAAUCCGAGCCGAAUCUGCACCCAGUACUCAUGUCUGAGGCCCCGUGGAACACCCGGGCCAAGCGGGAGAAGCUGACAGAGCUGAUGUUCGAGCAGUACAACAUUCCUGCCUUCUUCUUGUGCAAGACAGCGGUGCUCACUGCCUUUGCAAAUGGCCGCUCCACAGGCCUGGUACUGGAUAGCGGCGCCACACACACCACGGCCAUUCCUGUGCAUGACGGCUAUGUGUUGCAGCAAGGCAUUGUCAAGUCUCCCCUGGCUGGGGACUUCAUCUCCAUGCAAUGCCGGGAGCUCUUUCAGGAAAUGGCCAUUGACAUCAUCCCACCCUACAUGAUUGCUGCCAAGGAGCCCGUACGGGAAGGUGCUCCCCCAAACUGGAAGAAGAAGGAGAAGCUUCCCCAGGUUUCCAAGUCCUGGCACAACUACAUGUGCAACGAGGUGAUCCAAGAUUUCCAGGCAUCUGUACUGCAAGUGUCCGACUCGCCCUACGAUGAGCAGGUAGCCGCACAGAUGCCCACAGUCCACUACGAGAUGCCCAAUGGCUACAACACAGACUAUGGUGCCGAGCGCUUGCGCAUCCCAGAGGGCCUGUUCGACCCCUCCAAUGUCAAGGGCCUGUCCGGGAACACUAUGCUCGGUGUGGGCCAUGUGGUGACCACCAGCAUUGGCAUGUGCGACAUUGACAUCCGCCCGGGCCUGUAUGGCAGUGUCAUUGUCACUGGUGGGAACACACUGCUCCAGGGCUUCACCGAUAGGCUUAAUCGGGAGCUGUCGCAGAAGACACCACCGAGCAUGCGGCUGAAGCUGAUCGCCAGCAACAGCACGAUGGAGCGCAAGUUCAGCCCUUGGAUCGGGGGCUCCAUCCUGGCCUCGCUGGGCACCUUCCAACAGAUGUGGAUCUCCAAGCAGGAGUAUGAAGAGGGUGGAAAGCAAUGCGUAGAGCGGAAAUGCCCCUGAGGGCGCCCCUGAACCCCUGCAGCCCGAACCCCCCUGCCCUGUCCCUCC